GGUAAAUUCUCAAAGCGCCCUUAUACGUCAUCGUCUUCAUGUCCAGCCCACGACUCGCAUAGUUCCCUCUCCACACCCACAGGCACGAAGAACACAACCAACGUGUAGAUACACAGAAAGGAGCAAAAUCAAAAUCACCAUUCCGAUAACCCCUAAUUGGUGACCUUGAAUCCCUUAACACCACUCACAAUUGCUUCCAUGGCGUACAUUUGCUGCUACAUGUUGUGUUCCUGUGCCAAUUCGUGACAAAGUUACCAUUCCCCGAAACCCUAGGAGAGAGAAAGUUCGUGUUGAUACGGUCCUCUUGGGGUGUCAGAUUGUGCCCUAGCUUCCAAUUCUGUGAUCCUUUCGUGAAUUGAGCAGCUUCUUUAAAAGAUGGCAAGCGAUUCUCUUAGAUGUUAGGCCGUGGAGUGCAUGGAUAUAACCCGGGAUCUGCUCCCCUAGCAAAUGCUGAGGUUGAUUCCAUGGGAGGAGUUGUUGAUGGUGGAGUUGGUAUUGGUUCGAAGAUCUCUCCACACCGAGGAGCAGUUGAGAAGGCUCAAGCAAAUCUCAGAGAGGAGUAUGAUGGUCGUGAAGAAAGUAGCCGAGAGCUAGAAUUUCUUGAAAAAGGUGGGAAUCCUCUGGAGUUGAAGGCUGGGAAUGCUGCUUCAGUUAGUGUUCAGUCCACUUCACUCACUGAUCAGCAUCAUGAGCAGUUUGUGACCAGUGAAGCAAAAGGUAGUUUUGCAUUGACUGCCUCCCCGCACGGUGACUCUGUGGACAGUAGUGCUAGACCAGGGCCUCCUUUUGCUAGUGAACCUAUAACUGCUGAUAAUCUCCUACUUUUUGAUGCUGAGAAUGAGUUGCCUGAAAGUGAAAAGAGGUGCUUGCGUUCAAAUAGAAGGAAUUAUAUUGCUCCAUCAGAACAGUCUUCCCGAAUUGAUGGGAGUCAAAAUGCUAAGGAGACUGAAGAUUCUGCUAUUUUCCGGCCAUAUGAACGAAGGAACAGAUCCCGAACAAAUCAUGGUCCUCGGGGGGCUUCAAGGGAAGGGAAGGGGUUAAUGUCUGAUACAUUUAUCCAAAAGGACCACAAAGUUCCUUCUUUUACUAAGCCAAAUUCUACUAGUUUUAAUGGUGAUACUGUUACUAAGAAUCUGACAGCUAAUAAUUCACUGAAUAAUGAAUUAGUUGGGGUCCAAGAUCAUCAAUCUACUAGUGGCAGUGUUAGUGUUCCUAAAGAUAAAUUGGAUAUUACCCUGAAUGGAAAUUUAAGAGAAAAUCAUGGCACUCUACCUCCCCAAGCUGAUAAUGUACAAAAUCCAGUUCUCAUGGCUUCUGGAGAAGCUAAUGUGGUUGAAGUAAGGGAGCCAGUGGCUGCUGUCGAUUAUGAGCCUGCACCACAUGUAGCUACUACAAAACCUGAAAAUGGAAGUUAUUAUGGUCAGCCAAAUGGAUUUGGUAAUGUAGAAGUAGACAGGAAAAGUGUACCAAAUGGAAGCCAAAAUAGCAUUGCUGUAUUGGGCAAGAAUAUUGAUCUGGAGUUCUGUACUCAAACCAGUUUAGAUAGAGAUGUAAAUAAGGAUAGUGAUAUAUGUACUAAUAGAAAGAAUGUUGAUGACACUGGAAAUACCCUGGAACAAACUCUUGCAUUUGACAAUAAACUGAACUUUGCUGGUCGUGAAGUUAUGAAAGCUAGGAAUAAAAUCAAAAGUGAAAAUGGCGCUUCAGUUAGCAAUGAACACGAUGCUGGUUAUUCAAAUCAUUCUGGUAAUGGUAAUAUUGUCAAAGCUGCGGAAGAUGUCUAUACUAACUCUGUGAAGGAAACCAACUGUGAAAGACACCAGAUUCCUGUGGAUGUGUCAAUAUCAGAACCUCCUCAGAUUGCACCACCAACUGAAAAGGUUUCAACUGCCACCUCUGACUAUCAAUCAUGUUCUACAUACCAUAUGAAGUUAGCCGAGAAGGCUCGUGAAGAUUCUAUUUUGGAAGAGGCUAAAAUCAUAGAGGCCAAGCGGAAGAAAAUUGCAGAGUUAUCUAUUCGCUCAUUACCCGCAAGGAACUACAUAAAGUCACAUUGGGGUUUUGUUCUUGAAGAAAUGACGUGGCUGGCGAAUGAUUUUGCGCAGGAGCGUCUUUGGAAGAUAACUGCUGCAGCACAAUUGGGUCAUCGAGUGGCUUUUACUUGUCGGCAAAGAGUUGAAAAACUAAACAAACAUCUGGGGGUAAAAACAUUGUCUCACAGAAUUUCAAAGGCUGUCAUGCAGUUUUGGCAUUCAGCUGAGCUACUUCUAGACAAUGAUGAUCCAGCUAUUAACUCUAUUGUUGGUUGCGUUGAAUCUGCGAAAGUUGAUGCAAAUGAAGCUUCUAGGGACCAGAAAGGAAAUUCCUACGUGGAUACAAGCAACUUUUUGGAAGGACUAAAUCCCAUAAAAAACUCAGCACUUAAAGUGCACGCAUAUGCUAUAAGAUUAUUAAAGGCUAGUAGGUCUCAGGGAAUUUCCUCGCAAGCAGAAGCACCAACAACACCUGAAAUGAUAUUUGACUCAGGCAUUGUGGACAUAUCAUGGAAGGAGCAUCUUACUGAAGAAAGCCUUUUCUAUGAAGUCCCCCCUACUGCGAUGGAAAAAUACAGAAUAUCUGUUGAAUCUCAUUUCUUUCAGUUUGAGAAAAAUGGGAGUGCCAUUCAAGGUGAAACAUCUGUAUAUGAUACUGCGGCAGAGUUUGGGUCUGAAGAGAUUGCAUAUGAUGAGGAAGAAGGAGAAUCCAACACUUAUUACUUGCCUAGUGUCUACAAGGGUAGCAUAUCAUCAAAAUCUGUGCACAAGAAACACAAAAACUGGAAGUCUUACACUCCUGGGUCUGGUGAUGCUGGGACUGAUUUUCCUUAUGUACACUAUUCAACUGGAACUAAACCGUCCAUGCUAUUUGGAAAAAGACCUGCUAGUUCAAAUGUUGGGUCAGUACCAACUAAGCGGAUGCGUACAGCUACUAGGCAUAGAGUUGUAAGUCCUUUUACAGUCACCACUGGGACAAUACAGGCUCAAGAUAGGGCAGAUGCUUCAAGUGGAGAUAACAAUUCCUUCCAUGAUGACCACAUUGACCAGAGUACUUUACAUGUUGGACCCCUGAUCCAGAAAAGUAUGGAGGUGGAGUCAGUUACGGACUUUGAAAAACAAUUAGCUUAUGACUGUGCUGAAACAUCUAUUAAAACAAAGAAAAAGAAGAAGGCAAUGACUCUGGGUUCUGCCUAUGAACAGGGAUGGAAGUUGGAUUCUAGUGUUCAAAAUGAACAGAGGGAUCAUUCGAGUAAGAGACUGAAUAGUCAUCACUUUGAAUCUAAUGGGAAUUGUGGUUUGUAUGGGCAACAUAAUGUGAAGAAGCCAAAGAUAACGAAGCAAUCACUUGAUCAUGCUUUAGACAAUAAUUCUCCGAUGACUAAUUCUGUUCCUUCCCCAGCUGCUUCACAAAUGAGUAACAUGUCCAAUCCUAAUAAAUUUAUUAAAAUUAUCAGUGGGCGAGAAAGGGGCCGGAAAGCAAAAGCACUGAAGAUUUCUGCUGGACAGCAUGGUUCUGGAAGUCCUUGGUCACUAUUUGAAGAUCAGGCUCUUGUUGUCCUGGUGCAUGAUAUGGGUCCAAACUGGGAGCUUGUAAGUGAUGCUAUCAACAGUACUCUCCAAAUCAAGUGUAUCUUUCGGAAACCAAAUGAGUGCAAGGAGCGUCAUAAGAUUUUAAUGGAUGGAAGUGCUGGGGAUGGUGCAGAUAGCGCUGAAGAUUCUGGGUCUUCACAGUCUUAUCCAUCUACAUUGCCUGGAAUUCCUAAGGGUAGUGCCAGGCAGUUGUUUCAACGUUUGCAAGGACCAAUGGAGGAAGAUACUCUGAAGUCUCAUUUUGAGAAAAUUAUAAAGAUUGGGCAGAAACAACAUUACCUUAGGAAUCAGAUUGAUAACCAGGAUUUAAAACAUUUAGUACCUAUCCAUAAUUCACAUGUCAUUGCUCUUUCCCAAGUCUGCCCCAACAACCUGAGUGGAGGUAUUUUAACGCCGCUUGAUUUUUGUGAAACAAACACAUCGAACCCAGAUGUCCCAGCCCUUGGGUAUCAUGGUCUUCAUACUGGCAGUUUGGCAUCAUCAAAUCAAGGUUCUGUACCAUCAGUGCUUCCUACAUCUGGGGUGAAUACCUCACUGCCAGGGUCUUCUGGUAUGGUUCUUAAUAAUAACUUCUCACCAUCUUCUGGUCCAACUGCAGCCUCUGUCAGAUAUGGGGUUCCAAGAAGUUCACCUUUAUCGGUGGAUGAACAGCAAAAAUUACAACAAUACAAUCAAAUGUUAUCUGGGAGAAACAUUCAGCAAUCUAGCAUGUCAGUCCCGGGAACUCUUCCUGGAAAUGAUCAUGGUGUUUGCAUGAUGCCUGGUGGAGGUGCUAUGGGCUUAAUGGGCGGAAUUAACAGAAGCAUGGCAAUGCCCAGGCCAGGGUUUCAAGGAAUGUCAUCACCAUCUAUGCUUAAUUCUGGAAGUAUGGUUUCCUCUAGUAUAAACAUGCGCUCUGGAGUUGGUUCUGGACAAGGCAACUCAAUGUCGAGACCUCAUGACCCUCUUAUGAGGCCUGGCCAUAACCCUGAACAUCAAAGGCAAAUGGUAGCUCCACAGCAUCAGACGCAAGUCACCCAGGGGAACAAUAAAAGCAAUCCUGCUCUCUGCGGGAUUAGUUCUGCCUUCAAUAAUCAGACAACUCCACCACCUGUUCAGCCUUACCCAGGACAUGCCCAGCAGCAGCCCCACCGCAGCAAUCCUCGUCCUCCUUUUCAAGGUCCAAAUCAUGCGACAAAUUCACAGCAGCAAGCAUAUGCAGUCCGGUUGGCAAAGGAAAGGCAACUGCUGCAACAGCAGAAAUAUUUGCAGCAGCAGCAGCAGCAGAUUGCUGCAUCAAAUGCAUUGAUGCCUCAUGUCCAGGCUCAAUCUCAACUUCCCAUAUCAUCAUCACCUUUGCAAAAUAGUUCCCAGGUUCAACCUCCAAAUUCAUCUCAGCAUGAACCUCUUUCACCUGCAACUGCAUCAUCAGCCUUGGGUCCCAUGUCAUCUCAGCAUCAACAGCACAAGCUUCACCAGCUACAACAUGGGUUAAGCAGGAAUCCCGUUGCUAAUGGGUUGACUAAUCAAGCCGGAAAGCAACGGCAACGACAGCCAUCACAGCAGCAGCAGCAAUAUCAACAGUCUGGUAGGCAACAUCCUAAUCAGCGGCAUAAUGUACCACCUCAACAGCAGGCUAAACUUCUAAAGGGUAUAGGAAGAGGAAACAUGUUGGUUCGUCAGAACCUCUCUGCCGAUCCUUCUCAUCUAAAUGGGCUCUCGUUGCCUGCAGGAGGCCAAACUGGUGAAAAGGGGGACCAAAUCAUGCACAUGAUACAAGGUCAAAGUUUUUAUCCUGGAUCUGUUUUGAACCCAAGUCAACCAUCACAGCCAUCGGGUCAUGCCCAUUCUGUAAACCAUUUGCAGUUGCAGCAGAAACUAUGUUCUGGGUCCCCAACCACUUCACCAAAGCUACUUCAGAUUUCUUCUGAUGCUAGUGCUCAAGUACAGGUUUCACCAGUUUCAUCAGGUCAAAUGUUAUCACCUACCCAGCCAGCUGUGAUUGUUUCAAACCACCACCAGUUGCAGCUACAGUCUAACAAAAUUAAUCAAACUCAAUCAAAUAUUCAGAGAAUGUUGCCACAAAACUGCCAGGUGCAUUCUGAGUCAUCAAGUAAGUCUCAAUCUGAUCCAACUCAAGUUGAUCAAACGCCUGAAAACAGUGCUUCUAAGAUUAGUACAAGUUCUACAAUGAGUCAGGGUUAUAUGGAUUCAUCGAGUCUGGUACCAGCUGUUACUACUGUUUCUUCUCAGUGGAAAACAUCAGAAACACCAUAUGAUUCCAAUAUUGACAAUCAAGCCCCUAAAGUGAGCUCCUUGGGUAGUGCACCUGUUGGCAAUUCUACUGGAAGUGAACAGCCCACAGUUAGUCAAGGGAUUGACCCAAGAUUAGUUUGCUCGACAUCUAAUGCACAUAAUAAUGGGGCACAGCGGCAGCAGCAGCAGCAGCAGCCACAGCCUCUUCAACAGUCAUCGCCCCAAGAGCAGCAUAAGCAGCAGCAGCAACAGGAGCAUGAACUACAUUCUCCCACAUCUCUUGCUUCACAACAUCAACCUCAGCAACACAUGAAGCAUCCACAAUCAGGGCAGAGCAGUUUGUUUAUUCACUCACCUAAUUCUAAAGAGGAAUGAUGCAUUCUAUUGGAUUGAGCAGCAGCCAAGUGUACUUGGUUUUGUCAAGAUUGGAGUCUUUAUGCCCUUACCGCCGCAGUGUACAGAUGAAGCAGGUCAUUCAUGGGGGUUUGUGGAAUAUUGGCACAGAUGUUCGUUGUUUCUGCACAGGUCCUGUUAAAAUAUUAACCAAAGUAAUAUUGACACAGCAUCAUUGCUUUUUGGUUCGUGUUUUGCAAAUCUUGUAUAUUAUGACUGUUCUUAGAAGGUUGCCGCCAUUUUGUUUUUGGAAAGAGGCGAAUAUUAGAGGCAUUUGUACAGGGUAGUCUCUUCUUUCCCUUUGCCCCAUCAUUAACGUCUCAUGUGCAGAGGAUUACUUUUUGUUCUACUAGAUUAGUGAAUGUAUUAUUACCUUCUAGAUAAUCGAGAUAGAAAUCAUUUAUAUAGGCAAAUGCCAAUUCAAUGUUUUGUGAAUACAA